AGUUAACAUGGUGAAUAAAAGCACCAGACUCCCAGGACUCUUGUGCAAGCUUGAACUUAAACCUGCGCUCACGCCCUUGCCACAGUUGCAUUUCCUUCCCUUCACUCGGGUCAUGACAGCACAGACCCAGCUAAGAACAGGAAGGACACAGACCGUUUGUGUUCCUUUCAGAUACACACUCCAAAACAGAAGCGUCGCCUUCAGAUCCAGCAGCAAUGAGGCUGGCUUUGGUCCUCUCCUUCCUCUCAGGAGCCUACUCUGCUGUUGUCUGGGGUCCAGGGGAGGUGAGGGUGUUGGUGGGUGACAGCGUGACUGUCCCCUGUAGAUAUACAGAUUAUGAUAAGAAUAAGAAAUACUGGUGCAAAGAAAAAAUACGACUGCGUUGUAGAGUUUUAGUGAAGACUGACGGCACCACCAAAGACAAAAGAAUGUCGAUUAGAGAUAAUAAAACAGAGAGAGUGUUCUCUGUAACUAUGAAGGAUCUGAGAGAGAAGGACGAUGGAUGGCAUCAGUGUGCAAUAGCAAUACCGGGGUUCGAUGAUGAAAGAAGUCCAGUGUACAUCAGUGUCAAAAAAGUCCAGGCUCCAGAGUGGGUGAUAAGCCAAACCAAAGGAAAUGUAACAGUCCAGUGUAAAUAUCACAAAUCAUACGCUGACCAUGUCAAAUACUGGUGCAAAGAAAACUUUCUACUUCCGUGUUCCACCCUGGUGAAGACUGUGGGCUCAAAUACUCAGAGCCGGAUCUCUAUCAGAGAUGAUAAAGCAGAGGGAGAAUUUUACAUCACAAUGACGGACCUCACCAAGGAUGAUGAGGAGUCUUAUAUGUGCGGGAUAUCUAAAUUUGGCUUUGAUGAAAGUGUCCCAGUGUAUGUUCAAGUGAAUGAAGCUGCGACCAUACCAGAUCUCUGGGGCCCGGUGAAUGUAAUUGGGCAAGCAUCCAGCAGUGAAACAAUCAGAUGUCAGUAUACUGCAGAUUACACCGAUAGUGUUAAAUACUGGUGUAAAAAAGCUGGUGAGGACGGAUGCAGCCCUGUGGUGAACACUGAAAAUAAAGAGAGAGAAGACAGAACCCAGAUCAGAGAUGACCCUUCCAAAAGACAGUUCCUGAUCACCAUCAGUAACCUCACUGCACAGGACACUGGCGUGUACUAUUGUGGAGCGAGGGGACAUUCCUCCCUCGGUGGCAAUCGGGUUCCGGUGCACCUGAAUGUUAAAGCAGACCAUUCUGAAAUGUCAACCACAUCCAAGACUCCAGUAGAAUCAAUUCCUGCAUCCACAGUAGGAAAACCAGAAAAGGGGAAUUGGAACUCAACAAAAAAACAAGAAGGACCAACAACAGCAAAGAAUCCUCCGGAUUCUUCAUCCCCGCUGCCCACUCUCGCCAUUUCCGCCGGAGCUCUUCUGCUGCUCUGCUGUGCGGCCGCUGGCGUCGCACGGAAGAUCAAACGUAAAAAAAAAAGACCAGCUGUGGAAGACAAAAAUGAAAAGCCCCCAGGAGUCGCUGAAGCGACCUAUGCUGAAGUUCUGACCAAUGACAGCACACAGGAGCCGAGUGACGUGGUUUACUCCUAUGUGAAUCCACACCAGUGCUCACAGAGCCCUCCCCCACAGGACCAAGUUCUGUACUCUACUAUUAACUCCUGAAAGCCCCAUUUUUAGACAUUUUAGACAACACUGCCAGACAGCUACUCCACACUCACCAGAAUUGCCUCAUGCUGAGAUUUUAUUUUGUUUCUUAUUCAAACCUGGGUCAAAUUUUAUAUGGCCACCUGCUAACAUUCGAAAACAGUUGUUCAGUUGUUCCCUGAGAAUUUUUACCAAAAUGUGUCCCUCAUCAAAACGUGUAAUUACAUAACCCUUAUAAUUAUAUGAAAAUGUCAUUUAAUGGAAAUUCGAAUUAUAUGAAAAUAAGAUUCAUUUGCCUUUUAAAUUGUCAAUGGUGUGUAGGAGUUUCACUGCUGGCUAAAGGAUUAAAGUAUUUGACCCUGGUGUGCUUGCUGUGAGAGUACUGCAUUAUAAAAGUCUACAGCACUUUCUGUGUAAAAACAGUUUGAGCAGUGUAAUACCAUUUCAGCUUUGCAUGCAAGCCAAUUGCUGCAACAUUGGUACAUGGAAAGGGUAUGACACCUGUGCUCCAUCCAUCCAUCCAUCCAUCCAUCCAUCAUCUAGAUCCUCAGGGUCGCGGGGGGUGCUGGAGCCUAUUCCAGGAUGCACUGGGCGAGAUGCAGGAAUACACCCUGGACAGUUUGCCAGUCCACUGCUGGGCAACCUGUAUACCAGUUUAAUGGAAUUCAGAAAUAAGGGUGUGGAGGGCUGGUGUGGUUAGGGCGCUAUAUGCAGGUGGAGAGGGAGCGGUUUAGGUGGUUCAGCAACCACGGCUGUUUGCAAUUACGACUGAUUGGAAACUGUUUAUAUGUUCUGCCUGCAGUGAGACCGGGGCACUGAAUGAGAGACGCACGCGGGGGUGACGUGCUGUGUAAUCCCCUUCCUUACCGUGUGUGUGUGUGUGUGUGUGUGUGUGUGUGUGUGUGUGUGUGUGUGUGUGUGUGUGUACCGACGUCCAUGUAACCAGCGCACAAUAAAACCUGUGUGCGUCCCAGAA